UGCAGUUAAAAGGUGACUCAACCUUUGCUCGGUUUGUCAGGAGAGCGUUUAUAGUUCUAUUUUCUUCACAAAUAUGACACUUCAGUGGACAUUCGCAGCUGGUUUUCUUUACGCUGAGAUAGGCGUUCUCCUUUUAUUCUGUUUGCCUUUUAUUUCUCCUAAACGGUAAGAUUUUGCUUUCACGAUUUCCUCACACGGCAUCACAGCUGCAUCUGCUGUAUUCGUUUGCACUGAAAUGGCUUUGUUUUUAUCUUAUACCUUUCAGAUGGAACCAAAUUUUCAACUCCAGGAUUGUAUCAACGUUAUUUGAAUAUGGAAAUUUCUAUUUUAACGUGGUUGUGAUAGUAAUGGCCCUGUUACUUGCUGGUAAAUUUUGUUUAUACAUUCAAUAAUAAAAUGCGAGUUUGGAAUGAGCUUUGGUGUAGCCAAGCCUAGUUGAAGAUCAUCAAAUAUGGAGAUUUAUUAAUACUUUUAUAAAUAGAUUCUGAUUGUUGAGAAUCCCUUGUUCGUAAUUUAAUUUUUCAAGUCUUUCUCAAGUUUUCUUAUUCUACAAUAGGUCGCUGAUCUCCAUGUUAAGCGUAAUGAGCUAACAUUUUUUUGUUUUUCCGCUUUUCAAUUAAACUGUUUAUAACCUCUUGAUGAAUGCAAGAUAUCCAUAUUGAGUACGCAUCGAUCUAAGCUAGUGAAAACUUAAUAAAAAGGGAAAAUAAUCGCGAAUACAGGGUGGUGUUAUGAAUUUUUUGUAGAACUUUGCUUCCGGGAAAGUAAGGAAAGUCUCUUGCACUUUCUACUUUGCAGGACAUAACAUGUCGAUAAUUCCGAUAGUCGAUAAAAAUCGAUCGUUGUCGAUAAAAGUCGAUACUAAUUAAUCGACAAAUAUCGGAAAUCGAUAAAAGUCGAUCACAAAAUUUCUUGUGAUUAUCGAUUUUGAUCGACUUUUGGUGUUAGAGUUCGAUUUCAAUCGACUUUUAUCGAAAAGUAUCGAAAGAUAAAAAACGAUCAUAUGUAGAGCUAUGUAUGUUUCAAUAUUUUAUUUUGCACUGUAACUAGAGCUGAGUAGAGAGUUAAAACAAAGUGAAUUUAUUAUUCUUAGUAGCCUCUGUUAUCUUCCCAGUAAAAACUCCAAUAUGAAACAACUCACCGCAACUCAUCACCGAAAUUAUUUAGAGGUCGAACACAAAAGUACCGGGAGAUGUACUCCAUUUGCUCCUCGUCAUCCAAAGGAGAAAAGCAAAGCACUGGCCUGGACAAUGCGGUGGUGGAUCCAGCAAACAACAAUAACCGGCAAUAAUUGAAUGAAAGUUAAUUACAUCUGAGUACUUUGUCUGCGUUUGUUCUUCAUUUAUCACAGCAUUUUCCCGGUAUCUCAGGGCCAAAGAUAUAUACAUAAGAUGUGUACCGGUGCUGACCAAAACAAUCGCGGCGCAAGACCGGAAAAAAUUGCGAAGCGACAGAAGCGAUAUUGAACGCGAGUGGUGCAAACCAAGGUGCAUUUCUUCAGAUUUCUUGAAGUAAACAUUCGGUUGCAGAUUGAAGAUAACAUAUGUUUUUUUCAGGUUUUAAUGCAACUUUAUUCAGGUUUAUUGCCAUUAUCAGCGUCGUACAACUUUUUACACUCACGAUGCUUAUACAAAGUAUCUUCGUUCACUUGACAUGUUGAUGUCGAUAGAAAUCGAUAAAAGUCGAUACACAUCGAUAGCCAGCCCUGAGAACUUUGUGAUUAUCGACUUUUAUCGACAAAUUAAACUAAUCAAUCGACAAUUAUAGACAAUUAUCGAGCACUAUCGACUUAUCGACUAGCCUUCCGAUGAUCGAUUUCGAUCGACAUGUUACGUCCUGACUUUGGAAGUUAAGGGCGAGUCAUCGUGUUCUAUAUUUGGCAAGGAUGUACUUUCUUAAGAAUGUUUGAGGUGAUAACAUUGUUCUUUGAGGUGAUGCAACAUAACGGAUGAGAGUAAAUGUAUUAAAUUUUCAAAUGCAUAUUACGGUAUUUUCAUGCUUUGGAAUGGAAUUGAAUUGUUUCCCAUUAUUCUGGCCUUAAUAAGUUUAUGGUGCCAUCCCAGUGGAGGAUCAAAACAAUUCACAAUAAUUAUGCAAACAUUUUUUUGGUGUUUUACUCUCUGAAAUUUUAUAUGGCAAUUACAAAAAACAUUCUAGAAAUGCUUGGGAAUAUAUAUUUCCUAAAAUAAUACUUGUGAGCUGGGCAAAUAUCUAAACAAGUAAUUACUAAUUAUUAUUAAUUACUUACUUUUUAAGACUUAACUUAAAUAAUUAUUAUUUAAGGUGGUUGAACACAGUUUUGGCAGUUUGUGAGUGUAUGUCAUUCGCCAAAUCAUGCCAAGAGAAAGGUUGCAGCUCACAAGCUGAAACUUGGCAAUUGAAAAAUAUACUGAUGAAAGAUUUUGAUUGACAGGUAAAAUGUGAUGUUUUUGUAGUUUCCAUGGCAACAUGAACGAUUGAAUACAACCCUUAAAUUUCACUUUGCUCAGUUUGCAUAAAAUUCACUUAUUAGAUUUUCCGAUAAACUUGCACACAACUUUUAAAAUACUAUAAUUAAUCAUUACAAUUUGAAACUUAUUUGACCAAAAUUAAAACGGAGGGAUUUUUAGAUAAUCAAUAAUAUAAUGGUACUGUAAUUAUUAAAUGUGUCACAAAAUUGGUCUGUUUAACUUCCAUUUUAAAUUACUCAUUAUAUAAAUUUUCGAUAAAAGUAAAAAUUCUGCCAAAUAUCACAAAAUUUUAAUGAGUAGAUUUUGAGAAAUCGUCUUCUGUCUGCCAUUUUUUUGGUUUGGUUUUUUUUAUUUCAUUUCAUUUAUUUCAAAGUACAACAGUUUCAACAAUAACAUUAAUUAUCACAUAGCAUACAUGCACACACUGACUACACUGCGAAGCACACAUGCACAUGCAUGUAGUAAUAAUUAUUAUUACUACACAUGAUCACCCUAUUUAAAGCUAUGCCGUUAUUUUACAAGUGUUUUCCAAAAAAACGAAGAAACUAAACAAAGUAGAUUACAAAGUCCACUUGUCCAUGUCCUUCUGUGUACCAGUGCUUUUUUUGCCGCCAUGUUUGUUUGUCUAAUUUAAAACACGCGCUGUCAUGUGAGUUACCGCUGACUGCCUGUAAAACUGUGUUCAGCUACCUUAAGUUAAGUCUUUACAAAGCCUGCACCUUCUCCUCAGUUCCUUAAAAACCCUACGGCUGUAAGUGUUGGUGUGGCCCAGGAUUUGAACCAGUUUAUUCUUUAAAUGAAUUUAAAUUUAAUAUUGAUAAUUAGUUUUUAUUUUGAACUAUUUAAUGUCUUCCUUUGCAGAUUCUAUUCGAGAGACAAGAAAAUAUAGCAAAAUUGAAACAACACCCACUGACCUACAAAAUAAUCCCCAAGCUGAAAUGUUGGCUCAUAUGAAGCUCUUUCGUGCUCAGCGCAAUCUCUACAUUUCUGGAUUUUCUCUUUUCCUUCUCAUGUAAGUUUGCUAGUGUUCUAAAUGAAUCUCCCUUUCUGUGACUUCAUACAUGUACAUGUACAAUAACUUGAAAAUAAAUGGAGUGUAAAAAGUUAUGUUGUAAUGUGGUGAAACCUGCUUUACCCAGAUAAAGCACAAACCAUUUUGCAAUGCACUGCACAGACAUAAGGGUAAAAUAAAAUUUUAAUUUGUUUUUCUUCAAACAUAGCCAAAAAAAGUUCAGUAUUGUAGUCGACAGUUUCGAUACCUGUCAGCCAUCGUAAAAAGGAACCAGCGGUGUCGUUUAUUAUGCACAUAACGCAGAGUCACUCUCUCCAAACUAUCAACUACAAUACUGAACAGGGUUUUCAUUACCCCUUUAAACCAUAAGAUCAAAAUUUGAAUUCUCACUUGUUGCUCCUAUUCAUUUCCUACAGAAGUAAUGAGGAGAAGUUGAUAAAAUUUCGUGCAAAUUCAUCUUUUGUGAUCAUAUCCGUAAUUCUCAUGACCACUCUGUUGUACAAAGCAUUGAUAUUACAAGGAGAAAUUUGAUGCUGCUCACUUCUAGGGCUUAAAGGGUUAAGAAUUCAUUCUAUUAGCACGAGAAAGGGGUAACGUUACAGGAGAAUAUUUUGAAAGAGGCUCCUUGUCUGUAUAAAAAGUAGUCAUACUGUAGGUUACCGAACAUUAGCCCAAGAUUUGUGCGUAGUACACCAAAAAAUUUUCUGAUCUCCAAUACCUAAUAAACACCCUGACUGAACUUUUUUGGCUUUGCUUGAAGAACUCUUAUAAAGAUUUUAACACAGUUUUGACACAGAUCUAGCCUAAUGAAUUUCUUCAAUGAGGGUGAUUGAUUCCACAGCUUUUCUUCCCAUACAUAUAAUACAUGAAAACAUCUCUUUUCAGCCGACUGAAAUGAGGGUCCACUGAAUGUCCCCAUAAUUUGUAGGUUUUACAAAACUGCUUCAAAUGAAAUACUAUUUAAAUGGGAUAAUAAACAGUACCACAGUAAAGUACUGAUCAGUAGCUUUCAAAUGAAUGGUUUCGCUAACUUUCAUUUCAUUUCUGGAGGAGAAGUUUUUGUAAUGGAGCCCUUCAUGAAUUUUGUGUAAAACUUUGAUGGUUUUUCUUUGCAGAGUGUUGCGCCGUGUUGUGAGGCUUCUUUCUCAUUGCUCAGUCCUUGAAGCUUCUAAUGAGGCCAGUCUGAGGCAGGCUCAGAGUGCUUCUGAUCAGUGCAAGCGGCUUAUGGAUGAGAAUGAAGAAUUAAAAAAGGUAAUUUGUAAAUUAAAAUUUCCGGGGUAAAAAUUACUUUAUAAGGAUAGCACAAGUAUGGGUGACCCAGCAGUGUUCACCUUAGACUGCAAAACAGUCCAUAUUUUUGCGUAUUCGAGUACGCGCGAGCAGUCAAACAAAAGGUCUGGAACGAGGCUGAAAACAGAGAGCGAGACUGGAGAGAGAUGCUUCGCACGCGUAAGACUCUUACACCACACUUUACUGAUUUCUUUACUGAUUUUGAGAAAAAAUACCGACUGUUUUGCGGCUUAAAUUCCCAGGCCGGACCAAUACUCAGGGUCUUAAAAUAACUGAGAAGUGAAUGUUCUUCCUUUGCUCUAGUACUGCAAGCAGAUAGACUGUCGGGUGGCACAGAUGACCUUGUAAAAUAGCAGUACCAUCAGAUAAAAUGACCAUUAAAUACAAUGACACUCAAAUAAAGUGCCUCUUUUUUGUCUGAGCAGUCCUUGGAAAGCGCCAGAGGGGAAUCUGGGGAAGGUGGCAUAGGCGAAGAUGAAGUGGACAAACUCAACCAGGAGUUGAAGGACAUGAGAGAUUCUCUUGCAGAAAAAUCCAAAAAGCUGACAGAGAGGACUGAAGGUGCAGCUAAGUAUGAUGGUUUUAGCCUCUGGGUCAAAAUCAUAUGUAGAACAUAUAGAGUGUUUUCACUCACCUGGCCAGCAUCUAUGCAAAUUUAUGGGACAAAAGAAAGCGUUUGCAUAAGAAAAGAGUUCAACUCCCACAGGAUUGGUUUGGGACACCAACAUGGCCGCCGUUUUAUUGUUGUGGGACACCAAUAUGGCCACCAUGACAUCAUGUGAAAACACUCUAUAUACAUGUAAACUUUUUCAUGUUAAUAUGAAAAUAGAUGUGAUCUGUCACUGUAAGAACUGUACAUUUAUUUUAACCAAAGAUGAGACCAUUGAUACCAUAAACCCUUGUCAGUCUUAACUUUUUCUGUUAGCAUCAUUUUAUUGAUCAAGAUUAUCUACUGAACAAGGUCUUCCCCAUGACAUGUACAUAAUAAAUCAAAGACCUGUUACUUGCAUUCAGUGGUUUGCUGUUAUUGCAGUUUUCUUUUCAGUGUCUCAGUUUCCAAGAUUGGAGGCAAUGUAUAGCUAUACAUGUGUAUGAGUGUGACCGAGAGAUGGACAAGAUAGUGAAAAUGAUGGUCUGUUUUGCAUGUUAGGCAGUAAACCCGAGAACAAUGUGUCAGAAUGCAACACUUCUGAUCAUCUACUGAAGUGUGAUCUCCAUUUAGGUUUUUAAAAAAAUAUUUGCUAUUCUACCUUUAAAUACAGAGCUUGAGAAGACAAAGAAAGAUUUGGCGGCAUUAAAAGAGCAAGCUGCGGGACUAACAAGAGAGUAUGACAGGCUUUUGGAUGAGCACUCUAAAGCACAGGUAGGUAAUGUAUAGUAGGGAGGGGAGACACAAUAACACACUGUCGGUAGGGGAGGGUCUGCUCAGUUUGCCUUGAAGCUGAAAGCUGCUAGUGAGUUUAACAGCUUUUGGACGAGUACCCUAAAUAAAGCACUGGUGGGUAGGGAGGGAGGGUAGGGACAUGAUAGCACACUUAGAGGAGGAGAGGGGAGGGGAGGGUCUGCCUUGAAGUUGAAGGCCACUAGUGAGUUUGACAGCUUUUGGACGAGUACUCUAAAUAAAGCACAGGUGGGUAGGGAGGGAGGGAGGGGACAUGAUAACACACUUGGAAGAGGGAAGGGGAGGGUCAGUCUGCCUUGAUCGAGCAAGCCUCUGGGCUAACAAGAGAAAGUAGCAGGCUGUGGGAUGGACACUCUAAAGCAAAGGUGGGUGGGGAGGGAGCAAGGGAGGGGACAGUUGUUUUAACUCGCUAAUAGGGGGAAAGGGGAAGGUAGCAUACAAAAUGUUUUGAGGGGGGCUGCUAUAAAGCCCGCAUUUUAAUAUUAUUUGAGGGUACAAUUCCUUCAAUGAAAAUAGCUAAAUUCUCUCUUUGGUAAAGUUUGUUGCGAUGACUUGACCAUCACUUUUUAUUGGCUUGUGACCUCUUUGUGUUUUUAUCUUUUUUUUUUCCAAAGGCACAGCUGGAAAAAGACGAGACCCAAACUAAAGGAGACAAGAAAGACAACUGA